ACAAAAGUACAAUAAUUAUCAAUUGAUACCACAAUUAUAGGUAUAUUUGUAUGCACAGGUAUGACCGAUUUUAAAUGUAAUCACUGUUAACCUGGAUCAAGUUUAGACAAGUUCAUAUUAACUUCCUGGUUGAUGGGCAUCUAAAGAAAAAUGUAGAAAUGUUAUUUACAAAAAGCAGAUGAAAUUUUUCUCAAGAAAAAAGCGGCAAUAUUAGAUCAAGAUGGCAUUUUCGCAAUCCAUAAGGCGAGCACAAAUACCCAAACCAUGCGAACUGUGUGAAACUGACACAAACAUUAAAUGGAAAUGUGUACAAUGCAAUAAAUUAAUGUGCGACAAAUGUAAGAAAAUUCAUUUAAAAGUUCUGACACAUGACAUUGUUGAUGUCAAAAGUUCAGAAGCGAAACAAAAAAGUGAACACACCAUUAUUACUGACAAUAUUCCCUGUCAGAUUCACAAGAGGAAGUUGAAUUGCAUGUUUUGCAGAACAUGCAACCAAUUAGUUUGUACAGAGUGUAUAACUGCUUCCCAUAAAAAACAUGACCUGGAUUCAGUUGAUACAGUGUACAAUGAAAAAAAGGAAACACUAAAAGAACUAGAAUCUAAAUUUUCUGACACAUUUACCCUUUGUAAAAUUGAAAACAGUAAAGUAAAUGAUUUUAAAACCAAAUAUGAACAAUUUUUCGCUGAAUCUGUUCAGAAAAUUAAUCAACAAGAAAAAUUGAUCAUAGAUGAAGUCAGAAAAUAUGCUCAAGCACUUAGAGAACAACUGGAAUCUGAAAAGCAAAGAAUAGAAAAAUCUAUCACAGAAAAAGAGAAGAAUAUUGCAGAAGUGAAAGAAAAUUUACUUAAUAAGCAAAGCAAUUUACAAGAAAUAUUAGAUUCAAAUCAAGCAGCUAAAGUGUUCAGUACUUAUCCAGAAUUCAGUGAAAAAGAAAUUCCAAAUGCAUCUUUUAAGGCCUUUCCUGAGGAAACAAAAGAUUUCUUUCCUACAAAGGAAAAUUUGAAGACCAUUUCUAACUUAUUUGGAUCAUUUCAAAAAACUAAGCUACCAAAGGGAUUGCCAAAAGUGAACUUAGAUGUAAUUAACAGUUAUACUACAGAUUUGAACGUGGUGAAUAGAGUGUUAAUACAGGAUAACAAGACAGCUUGGAUUUCUGAUAUUCUUAAAUCUACUCUGCAUAAAAUUAACAUUGAUGACACAAUCAAAAUUGUUAAAGAUAUUUCAGUUCAGAUUGAUGACAUGUCACUGACAGACAAUAAUGAUGUUCUCCUGUCUUUGUUUGGCAGUUCUGAUGUCAGUCUGUUAACAACAAAGACAGGAGAAAUCAAACCUUUCCUGUCUGUGUCACCACUGAUAACACAAGGUAUACAUGUCACUAAACAUAAUGAGAUUAUACUGUGUGUUGUGGAGAAGGGUGGUACUUACAACCUAACAGACAAAAGUUGUAGGAAAGUUAUAAUCUUUGGGAUGAAUGGGAAACAAAAACAAUCAUAUGAGUAUGAUAAACAUAAACAGAGAUUAUUCACUGCCCCUAUUAGAAUUACAUCUAAUGUUAACAAUGACAUACUGGUUAUAGAUAGUACAUCCAUUGAUGAUUGGAGGGUGGUGGUUAUAGACAGGGAGGGACAGGUUAAGUGGACCUAUCAGGGACAUCCUCAGGUUAAUUCAGGGGGUAAACUAUUUAAUCUAAGAGAUAUAGUGACAACAUCAGUAGGUCAUGUUAUAGUGACUGAUUGUAACAACCAUGCUUUACAUGUCUUGUCAAGGGAUGGAGAUCUACUGACAUGUAAAGUUAUGAAGGAUCAGGGGAUUAUAUAUCCAUACUCACUGGAUAUUGAUACCAAGGGACAGUUAUGGGUGGGAUGUCAUUCUGGGGGUGAACAAAGAACAGAUGCCAAACUACAUGUAAUGAAGAUGUCUUUUUAAUUCAAUAUGAAUUUAAAAAUCAUCAAUAAAUAUUUUAAUUACUUACUUAAUUAGCACUUAUAAAUUACCUAAAUAUUAAGAACUUAAAAUUAUUUACUGAAAGAUAAGGAAAUGAAUGAAUGAAAGGAGAAGUGAGGAAGUAACUAAGUUGUUCAAUUAUCCUUUAUUGGGAUGGAGAUCUUGUGACAUGUUAAGUUAAGAAUGAUCAGGCGAUGAAAAAUUAACAUUGAAGACAGUUAAUUGACAGUUAUGGGUAUAAUGGGAUUUUGUUAGUUAUGAUAAAAUGAUGCAAGACUUUAUGUCAUUCAUCAGGUUCAUCUAGUGUCUUUUUAAUCAGCAUUAAAUAAAUUAAAAACUUUAAGAAUUAUUUUCAAUUCCUGACUUUUGUUACUUUUUAUAUAAAUGUAUGUAGGUAAAUAAAGGAAUUUAUGAAUAUUCAUGUUCAUAU